CCUUGAAGCAAAGCCGAAGUUUGGAUUCCUCCCAAUUUCCAAAUCUGAACUCUCCAUUUUUUUCUCGGAACUGAUUUCUUCCCAUUUUUCCACAUCCCCUCUCGCUUCGCCUUUCUCUCUGCUUCUGCCGUCCAAACCAGCAAGGAAAUGGCGUCAUCUCGCUUCUAUUUUUCCCUCUCCUUGCUAUUUUUCGCUGCCGUCUCCUCCUUCCAUCAUCAGGUUUAUGCAGAGGAACAAGUUCUAAAGUUCAAACUCAAUGCUGAUAUUCUUCAGGAGUCAAUCGUUAAGCAGGUCAACGAACACCCACAGGCUGGUUGGAAAGCUACCAUGAAUCCACGUUUUUCGAACUAUUCUGUUAGCCAAUUCAAGUACCUGCUUGGUGUCAAACAAACUCCUGAAGAGGAUUUAAGAAGUACUCAUGUUGUAUCCCAUCCCAAGUCGUUAAAGUUGCCAACAAACUUUGAUGCAAGAGAAGCUUGGCCUCAGUGUAGCUCCAUUGGAACAAUUCUAGAUCAGGGGCACUGUGGCUCUUGCUGGGCAUUUGGUGCUGUUGAAUCACUUUCAGAUCGCUUUUGCAUUCAUUUUGACAUGAACAUUUCUCUGUCUGUUAAUGAUCUUUUGGCAUGCUGCGGCUUCAUGUGUGGUGACGGCUGUGAUGGUGGUUACCCAAUUUCUGCAUGGAGAUACUUUGUUCGCCAUGGAGUUGUUACUGAGCAGUGUGAUCCAUAUUUUGACAAUACUGGUUGUUCCCACCCUGGUUGUGAACCUUCAUAUCCUACUCCCAGAUGUGUCAAGAAGUGUGUAGAUAAGAACCAGCUUUGGAGUAGGUCAAAGCACUAUGGUGUCAAUGCUUACAGGGUGACAAAGGAUACCUAUGAUAUCAUGGCAGAAGUUUAUAAGAAUGGACCAGUCGAAGUUGCCUUCACAGUGUACGAGGAUUUUGCUCACUAUAAAUCUGGGGUAUACAAACAUAUCACUGGUGAUGUAAUGGGAGGGCAUGCUGUGAAGCUUAUUGGAUGGGGAACAACGGAUGAUGGAGAGGAUUAUUGGCUUUUGGCAAAUCAGUGGAACAGAGGCUGGGGCGAUGAUGGCUACUUCAAGAUAAAAAGAGGAACAAAUGAGUGUGGAAUUGAGGAAGACGUUGUUGCUGGUUUGCCCUCAGCCAGAAAUAUUGCAUGGGAGGCUGCCAUCUGAGCCAGAUUGUUGCUGUUUCACAAGCAAGUAUUUGCCAAACCAAAGAUAUAAAAUAGUGAGUAUUUGUGUUACUUUUGGCUUUGGAUCAGAACUAUUUAUGCAUAUGAAGUUGAUAAAUAUGGCUAAAUGCUUUGCUGGAUUUGUUAAGUAUUUGUAUUGCAUCUUCAACCAGUAGUGGAAACAUGAUGUUUGGAAAGAGGUAUUAAUCAAAUUAUGUGUUAGUAUUCUUGCAGAAUAAAA